AUGUGCUUCCUCUCACAUGCAAAUCAUAUUUUUUGUCUAUCAUUCACAGAUAUUAGACUUAUCACCGUCAGAGAUAUUAAUGAAUACCAGUUAUUGAUAAGCGUUCUUGAGACAACUAUCUAUCUAUCUACCUAUCUAUCUAUCUAUCUAUCUAUCUAUCUAUCUAUCUAUCUAUCUUCUAUCUAUCUAACCCUUGUUCCUUAUCUGUCUCCCUGCACUUUCUCCUUAUCUUUCUCCUUGAACCUGUUUAUCUAUCCCCCAGCACCUGUUCAUUUUCGCUCUACACCUGUUAAUCUUCUCUACACCUUCUAUCUAUCUAUCUAUCUAUCUAUCUAUCUAUCUAUCUAUCUAUCUAUCUAUCUACAUCUGUUUCUUAUCCAUCUAUCUAUCUUCAUCUCGUAUCUAUCUAUAUAUCUAUCUAUCUACAUCUGUUACUUAUCAAUCUAUCUAUCUACACCUGUUAAUUUUCUUUCUAUCUAUCUAUCUAUCUAUCUAUCCUAA